UCAAAUGAGAAAAGGCUUUUCUGCUUCAUUCUCUUUAACCUCAGUUUCAUUCUUUAAAUAGCAAAGCUGUUUCCAUCAGCUGUUAAACUAUUUCUGGUCUGAAAUAGCACUCGCCAUGUGAUAUUUCCUCAAAACUAUCAGACCAAUCAAAACAGCUCACAGCUCUAAAACGUCCAUUCAGGUCACACAUGAGGCCUCUUUUACUACUGAACAGAUAAGAGAUCAGAACAUUAGAUCUCACUGUCUCUCUGUCUAAACAGCAACAAUGAUCGGAUUACUUUUCACUCUUUGCCUCUUUGUAACUGUGAAAACGGCUGACAUCCUUGAUCUUCAAGUACAAACAGUGAGGCUGGGAGACAACACGGCAAUAAAAUGUGACCAAAAAGCAGCCAAAGAUGAUUUAUUAGUUUGGUAUCAACAGAGUUUAGGAAAACUGCCUCAGUACAUCGUGAGAACAUCUGUGACUGAAACAGUAAACUACAGAUUAUAUAACACAUUUAAAAACAGCCGCUUCACUGUGGAUAAAGAGACGUUUGAUCUCAGCAUUAAUGGAGUCAAAGAAGAAGAUAUAGGAAUAUAUUUCUGUGGAAAAGGACAGACAAAUACUGUAGAGUUUAUAUCUGGAACCCUUUUGCUGUUUGCAGAUGAGAAGACUGACCAUCAUCCUCCACCUGAAUCUGCUAUCAAGAAUGAAGAACCUGUUAAACUCCAGUGUUCAGUACAAGCAGUUACUCUGAGCUGUUCAGGAGAACACAGUUUGUACUGGAUCAGACAUGGAUCAGGAGAAUCUCAUCCAGGAAUCAUCUACAUUCAUCCACAUACCAGUGAUGAGUGUAAGAAAAGCUCUGAGACUGAUUCUCCUACACAGAGCUGUGUCUACAAACUCCCCAAGAGAAACCUCAGCCUCUCUGAUGCUGGAACUCACUACUGUGCUGUAGCUGCAUGUGGAGAUGAAGCUAAAUCUACUAAAGUAGACAAUAACAGCUGGAUUGUUGCCUUGGUAACAUCUAAUGUGAUAUCUGUUAUUGUGAACAUGGUUCUGGGUGGACUCUUAUGUAAGAAACAACAGAAAGGUUCUGUCAGUGGUCACCAAGAAAACUCAAAACAUGAGGUUGAGGAUACAGAUGUUUUGAACUAUGCGACUGUGAAAUUUGCACAGAAACCUCCUUCCAGAGCACCCAGAGUCAAGGAGAGUCAAGAUAUUUAUUCACAGGUUAAAGUACGAUAGUCAAUGUAACUGAGAACAUUUUCUGUUUCAUUGUGUUUAAUGUUAUUUUACUUUGUGUACUUUGUGUUAAUUUGUGUUUUAUCUCAUUUCACUGGAUCUUUUAAACAAUCUUUAAGCCAGUCCAGCAAAUCACACAAUAAAUUAAGUUUAA